AUGAUUUCUUUAAAUACAAUAGAAACUAUAGUCAAUCAACAUAAACAAGAUAUUAAUUCAUUAGGUAUACCUAAUUUAACUCAUAGUUCAAACAUUCUAAUCAAUCAGUCACCAUAUAUUCUCAAAUAUAAACUACAGACAAUACGCAAUUCUUUAAAUAAUCUUAAUCUUAAAAUACAUCAACAUAACAAUAAAUCAUACAAUCAGGUUAGAUCAGAGAUAGAUCGUUUAUUAGUGUCUGAAUUAGAUGAGAAAGAAUACAUUAUAAAUCAAUUAACUAAACUUUUUGAAUUUGAAAAUGAACCAGAAAUUAAAGAAUCGGAAGAAAAAGAAGUUGCGGAAACUCGAAAAGAUUCAGUAGUGGGUGAAGACUUAACAACAUUACGUCAAAGGCUAUUAUCUUCAUCUACUAAAACAUUAGAUGGUGAUGACUCUAUUAAAUUGAAUGAGUAUCAUGAUUCUUUACAAAAUGAAAUUUUAUCUGAUUUGUCUGAAUUGACAAAAGAUUUAAAAACAAGUGCUCUAAAAUUAAGUUCAAAGAUUUUAAAUGAUGAUUUGAUUAUACUUAAUGAAACGAAUGAAAAUAUAAUUAAAAAUUCAAAUUUGUUCAAAGUUGUUGACAAGAAUUUAGGUAAAUAUUUGGAAAAUAAAACUGGAGGAAAGAUUAGUCUUUGGUUACUAUUGAAAUUGUUUAUUAUUUUGGCUGUCGUUUUUAUGUUUAUGAUAUUAUUUAUAAGUAUAGUUCCAAGAUUGAGAUGA